AUGCAACAGCCUCUCCAGCACGAAAACCCACAAAUUUCUAAUACUAACGCACCAACGAUUCAUACGACACAAAAUACGUUAACUCCUCAAAUUAUAACAACACGCGGGCCACAUUCCCCAAUUGUCGUGGGUCUUGCUGCCUGGGUGCAGCCAGCCGGAGCUGGAAUUGGUGCUGCAACAUCAGAAAUCAUUGCGACGCCAGUGACAAGAACGAAAAUUUCAACGACAAAUCCUCAAAUUUCAGGAACUGUAGAUACCUUUGCACACUCUUCUGCAGCUAUUCUACCUGCUUCACAGUCUAACUUAACAUACAACAACUCCUCCAACACGUCCGCCGUACCUGUAGUCACCAUAUCUGCUCUCUUAACACCUGACCCACGCACCGAAGAACUCUUGGGAGCCUUAACAAUUGAACAACUGUCAAUGAUCGAAAGGACCGUGCAACGUGUUAAGAGAAAGAAGGUUAAAGAAUCCAAAAAGCAAAACCCUUUGGAUGAAAUUUCUAAUGCUACCACUGACAUCGAUAGCCUUGUCGUUAAUAUUAAUAUGCAUAAUUCGACUACACAAAACACGCCAAUUUCUAAUUCUACAUCAAUUUCACCGGUAACUUUUAUUAACAAAGGUAACAACAAUCAUUACAUAUCUUCAAAUUUUGUAACAUCAUCGUCAUCACAGGAUCCAUCAAGAUCAACAAUUCAAUAUCAACAACCUUCCCCACUACCAACUUCUGAUAAGUCACAUCAAUCAACAGAUUCAAUGUCUCCAGAUACUUCGAUUUCAAAUCCCACACCAAAUCAUGCGCUUCCGGCUACGGAUCCCAUAAUUGAAGAAUGCGAUGGAAUACCGUGGGUUGUCUUCACAUAUUCAGUUAAAGGUAACAAUAAAGAAUAUCGUAUACGCAUUGAUAUUGACAAAGCAAAUUUAGAUGAUAUCGGUGAGCAAUUUAGACGCGAAAAUUGUCUAUAUCCAAGGGCUAAUUGUACUGAAGAUAAAUAUCAAGGAAACAGGUGGUCUUAUGAAAAUGAAUGUAAUUCGCUUGGAUGGAAGUUGGCAUGGUUAAAUAAAGAAGAAAUUGGAGGUAGAAGAGGCCUACUACAAAGAGCCGUAGAUAGCUAUAGAAACCGUGAUCCCGUGUUACGUUCUCGUAGAGUAGUUCGUAACGAAAAGAUUAUGAAUGGAACUUUACGUAAAAGAGUUACGAGAGACGGAGAUGGGCAUGAUGGUAUAAAUGAUAAUUCAGCAAAGAAGCAAAAAGGGGCUGCUAAACAUUUGACAUUGGAAAUUUUUGAAAAAGGUACAUCUACUAGAAUUAGAAUACAUGUUGAUGUAGAUGCUAUAAAUUUAAUGGAUAUACCAGAAGAAUUUAAAAAGAACAAUUGUAUUUUUCCAAAAGCUAAUGUUCCAAAAAAUGAAUAUCAAGGUUCUAAGUAUGAAUUUGAGACAAAUAUGAACGAAUUGGGAUGGAAAUUGGCUUAUCUUAAUCAAGCCAAACUUGAUGGUAGGAAAUCGCUUCUUCAUAAAGCCUUGGAAUUAUAUCGUGCAAAGUAUACCACUGCAGAAGUUAGACCAAGAAGAGGAAGAUAUUCUCAUACGCUUUCCAAUAAAUUUUUUGAAAAUCAUCCGUGUGAAGUUACUACAGGUAGCAUAAAUUCUAUUAACCCUCCAACUUCAUCUGUUAACAAUAAUGAAUUUACAACGGAAGCAAAUUUGAAUGAUACCAUUUCAAAUGCAUCAAAAGAAAUGACGGAAGGAACAACUAUUAUGGAUGAUGUUAUAAUGAAUGAUGUGACCCAAACAAAUUGA